AUGGCUCUCUUGUGGGACGUCCUGGAGGUACUCACAGGGUUCGCUGCUGGCGCCAUCGGCGCCAUCGGUCCCAAAGCGGUCGUCACGAUCAUGGUUAUGUCCGCCUCAAUGUGGUUGUGGCGCUACAGUGCCUCCGGGUCUACGACAAGGACAGAACGGGCGCACAUGUCCAUUCUGCAGGAGCUCUUGGGACUCAUGGUGGAGGUCCGCCUUCAGGUUGCAUGUGAGCAUGAAGCCACGCGCGACUCGCUGCGCUUUCAAGAUAUGCAAGCCAGAAUUCAAGCUGUGAUCAACAAAGUCAUGGCGAACGGCUUGCUGACGGAGAAGAUGGCGAUCAGGCUGGAGGCGGUGCAUGCGGGGUUAGCCAAGACCUCGGUGAACCUUCGCAAGGAGAUGGUGGAGGCCAUUGACCUCUACCUGAAGGAGCUCAAGAAGGACGUGAACAACCAGACGGAGUCCACGGCCAAGACGCUCAUGGGGGAGAUCGCCAAGGGGGUGGCAAAAGGGCUGGAGAAGCUGGGGUGCAAAGACAAGUUCAACGAGGUCUUGCGCGAAGUCUGCAAGACCUACGACAAGAUGAUCAAGGAGCACCGCGAAACGCGGGACCUGCUGGCGUGGGUCCAACAAGAGGUGGGGCAGAUCAACAAGUCGGCGGAUCACCUACCCGACCGGCUGGUCAUCCUACGUGACAAGCUUGACGAGGUGAUCCACAAUGUGGACCAAGUCCGGCAGGCCGUUGAAGCAAUGGCCCCUGCAAACCGCGGAGAUGGUGCCAGCGGCGGGAAUUCACCACCACCGGCAGGAGGUCAAGGACAGCAGGGUCCUUGGACGCCUCCGCCACAGCCCGCUCCUACGGACCCGACACAAGGCCCAACUUUGCUGCACCUGGACUCGCAACUCCCGAUGACUAUGCCGAGACAAAUGCCGGCCCUGACGCCAGUGACCUUGCCGGACGGUAGAGUUCUCUGCAUCCCCAGAAGCGUCAUUGCACAGCUUGUAGGAGGUGGCGUGUAA